AUGUUGGUUCAAACUCCGAUGGUCAGUCCUGCCUCCCCCCAGCCAAGAUGGUCAGCGGAGUCGCCAAGUAUUCUGAGACAUUCGCGCAAGCUUAUUCAUUUCUAUGAAUCCGAUCCAUCCACCAUCGUCCCUAGUGCCGAGUGCAAAGCCGCACUCCAAACUCACCCCAACUUGGUAACAAAAGAUACAUCUAUUCAAAGCAAGUCCACGAUACCUAUCAACAAAGGAGGGGAACAGUCCGAGUCUACCCGAGUGCACCAUGGUCACACCGACCAGGCAAA